CUGUGAAUGACAUACCUCCCAGCUGUGGCCAUUGAUGUUGUUGUUUUAAUUAAUUCUCGGUAGUUUCCGGAAAAGUACGAGUAUUCAUGAACGAGUACUUGAACGCCAUUGGUUAAUUUGAACAGUAUAUCUACAACCAUUGGUUGUGAGUCAUCACGUGAUUCGUACCUCUAUAAAAAUUGUCGUUGCGAUAUUGGCGGGUAUCAGUUGUAUUAUUUCCUAUACACAGAGAUAAGCAGUAAAAUGGCAGGCGGCAAAGCUGGUAAAGAUUCCGGAAAAGCAAAGGCCAAGGCAGUUUCUCGUUCAGCGAGGGCAGGACUUCAGUUCCCGGUAGGUCGUAUUCACAGGCAUUUGAAAAACCGCACAACUAGCCACGGACGUGUCGGAGCUACUGCCGCUGUUUAUUCUGCAGCUAUUCUCGAAUAUUUGACAGCUGAGGUCCUUGAGUUAGCAGGUAAUGCCAGUAAAGAUCUUAAAGUCAAACGUAUUACACCGCGUCAUUUGCAGUUAGCUAUCCGUGGUGACGAAGAGUUGGAUUCCCUCAUCAAAGCAACAAUUGCUGGUGGUGGUGUCAUUCCACAUAUUCACAAGAGUUUGAUUGGAAAGAAAGGAUCACAAAAAGCGACAUAAACAUAAUCCUGCCUGGACCAUUUGUUUUAUACCUCAGGCAAUCCGGCUUUUGACAUUUUUCAAAUGCUUUUCAUCUUUAUCUCCUCUGUUCAGUGUCCGAAGUCUACGUAGACCAAUAGAUGCACAGUCUACUACCAACAACCCAUUUUCAAUCCAUUCCAUAUCCAGUGUUUUAUUGUAUUUUAUUGUAUGAUGGCAAAAGCCAUUAUUUUUAUCAUUAGAUUAGUGUAGGGGGCCUUCUUUUCUAAUCGAGCAGUUCUGCGAUACAUGUAAUUAUGCAAAGAACUAUAGUAAAUAAAUUAUCAGCUUUCUUCAUAGCCAACACUGAAAAUUAUUGUUUGAUACCAAAUAAGGUAAAGUUCUUUAUAUGUCAAUCUGAAAUAUUUUUCCCAGUUACUGCUUAUAAAAUGUUGCAUUUUGUACAUGUUGGCUAUAUCAGAAUAUCAAAUUAUGCCACACUAUUGGGUUCACAAAUUGUAGUUGAAUGUAUAGUAUGAAUUAAAAAAUGUUAUUGACUUUUAUAAAAUGUUUUUGUGAGUUGUGAUUUUUAAGGAUGUAAACAAAAGUUUGAUGUAAUUGUGACCUGGAUUUGUAUAAAUCAUUAUUAUAU